GCCAGAAAUUAAAAGUACCAAAAAAUUUUGAUCUUUUGUUAGGUCUUGAUGAAGCAGGAUCUCAGAUGCCAAAGGAUUCUCAUCCUCUCUUUGCUUUCUGUCUGUGUUAUUGCUCCAAUCGUUCUAGUCUCUAAUAGGCUAAAAAAUCUCACCCCUUCUGCUGCACAUAAGGAACUUAUUGAAGAUUUAUCCAGCAUUAAAUACAGGGCAGAUACUUUGAAAUUAAACUCGAUCAAGCAGGAAACUGGCCAAGGAUUGAAAGAGCCGACGUUAGUUGUGUACAAAGAUGAAGAACUUCAUUCUGUAGUCGAUGAGAAUUCUUCUUCUGAUGAGGAUCUGAAGCUCGGGGAUAGUGGAAGUGCCAGUUUGUUGGAAAGACAUGGAACUGAUCAUGAUCACCGCCAAGAAAAUCAGCGCAGUCAACGAAAGAAUGUUUCAGCUUCUCGUGGUGGAAAAGGAAAAUCUGCCAAAACAACUGUUAGACGAGAAAUGUCUCCCCAGACUCAGAGACCAACUGAUGAGAAGAUCAAAGAGAUGAAAGAUCAGGUUAUCAGGGCCAAGGCUUUCUUGAACUUUGCUCCACCAAACAGCAAUUCUCAUUUAGUGAAAGAACUGAAAUUCCGGAUAAAAGAGGUAGAGCAAACAGUGGGUGAAGCCACCAAAGAUUCAGAUCUGCCUAGGAGAAAACUGUGCAGGGCUUUGCAGAAGAUGAGAUUCAUGGAGACUUCCUUAUCCAAAGCUAGUCGUAUUUACACUGACUGCUGUGCCAUGGAAACCAAGCUCCGUGCUAUGACCUAUAAUGCAGAGGAACAACUCGAGGCGCAUAAGGAUCAGGCAGCAUAUCUUGUUAAGCUUGCUGCCAGGACUACUCCAAAGGGUCUUCACUGCCUCUCCAUGCAGCUCACUUCCGAUUACUUUGCCCUACAGCCCGAGGAACGAGAGCUCCCAAACAGACACAAAUUGCAUGACCCAGAUCUCUAUCAUUUUUCUGUUUUCUCUGACAAUGUCCUUGCAUGCACAGUGGUUGUUAACUCCACCAUAUCAUCAUCUAUGGAACCAAGGAAUAUUGUUUUUCAUGUGGUAACCGAUGCCCUCAACCUCCCAGCAAUUACCAUGUGGUUCUUGUUAAACCCCCUUGGUGAAGCCUCCAUUGAGAUUCAGAGCAUGGACGACUUUGAAUGGUUGUCCUCUAAAUACAAUUCAACAUUGAGAAAUCAAUACUCUCCAGAUCCGAGAUACUCUUCAGCGCUGAACCAUCUCCGUUUCUAUCUGCCAGAGGUCUUCCCUGAGCUGAACAAAAUUGUGCUUCUUGACCAUGAUUUGGUGGUACAGAAGGAUUUGAGGGGAUUGUGGAGGGUCAAUAUGAAAGGGAAAGUAAAUGGUGCAGUGAUGACUUGUCGGGAGGGUGAAACAUCAUUUCACCGGAUGGAUCUGCUUAUUAAUUUUUCGGAUCCAUUUAUUUCAAAGAAGUUUGAUGCCACAGCAUGCACAUGGGCAUUUGGUAUGAAUGUGUUUGAUCUGCGAGAGUGGAGGAGGCGAGACUUGACAGCUGUCUACCAUGAAUAUCUGCAAUUGGGCAAACAUAGACAGUUGUGGAAAGAUGGGAGUUUGCCUCUGGGUCUAGUUACCUUCUACAACAGAACAGUGGCUCUAGAUCCAAGAUGGCAUAUCCUUGGGCUUGGGAGUGACUCAGGGGUACUGGAGAGUGAGAUUGAAAGUGCAGCCGUAAUCCACUAUGAUGGAAUCAUGAAGCCCUGGUUGGAUAUUGCGAUUGCGAAGUACAACGGAUACUGGACCAAAUAUCUCAAUUACGAUGACCCUUACUUGCAACGGUGCAACAUCCACGGCUAAUUGUUAUUUAACGCGGGGUACAAAUGUCUCUUCUUCCCUCUACAUCUGUGACUGCAGAUCUAAAACGGUGACUGGUUCAAGAUUUUUCUUCUUACAGAGCAUAUUUAUCAUAGUAAUCACCACAGAUAUUUACUUAAUUCUUUCCACCCUUCAAAGCUCUUUCAUGUAAAUUAAAUUUCAUUCCAUUAUAUUUUUAACUCCUCCGUUUCAUUUGUCAUUUCUUUUUCGCGACCAUAAUCCUCUAGGGUUGAGUCAAAGUUUAAAUUAAUAAAUGUAGAAGGAAUAAGGAGUCCACGGGUGGAAUUUUUGUAAUGCUACUGGUUCAAUGUACAAAAGCCAUUUCAGAUAUUCUUGAUUGUUUAAAGCCACUGAUUCUUUCUUGGAGUUAA